UCAGAUGUCGCUGUUGAGUCACCCCUGACUCGUCAUAGCCAGAUAGCGGAAAACAACUAGAGAUGAUGCUGAAGAGCUCGGCAUCUUUUAACCGUCCCAGACAGUGAAUAAAUGCGAUUUUCAAUUAGGAUAUCAGCUUGAGCACUUGUGCUUUACUUCACAAGACUGACGUUUUAUCAAAAUGAUGGAAGAAAUUGACAGAUUUCAAGUGCCUCCGGUAAAUCCGGAGAUCAAGCUGCUGGAUCCUGCAGCAGCAUCCACUUUGGAGGCUGAAACAGAAACGAGAGAAUCAGAGUCAGUCGCCCUCAACUACAAGCCCUCUCCGCUGCAAGUGAAGAUAGAGAAACAGCGAGAGCUUGCGAGGAAGGGCUCGGUGAAGAAUGGAACUGUGGGUAGUCCAGUCAAUCAGCAGCCCAAGAAAAAUAACGUUAUGGCCAGAACAAGGUUGGUUGUCCCUAAUAAAGGCUAUUCAUCCUUAGACCAGAGUCCAGAUGAGAAGCCGCUUGUAGCACUGGACACUGACAGUGAUGAUGACUUUGAUAUGUCCAGAUAUUCAUCAUCUGGAUAUUCCUCAGCCGAGCAAAUAAACCAAGACUUGAACAUCCAGCUGCUGAAGGAUGGCUACCGAUUGGAUGAAAUCCCAGAUGAUGAAGACCUUGAUCUCAUCCCCCCAAAAUCAGUCAACCCCACCUGCAUGUGCUGCCAAGCUACUUCCUCCACAGCCUGUCAAAUUCAGUAACCCCAGCCUCCCUUGAACCCCCCCCAGUCCCAACCUUGUGGGUUAAGCUCACAGUUAGCACCCUCAGUAUAGAUUAACUACUAAAGAACUUAAAAAAAAAAACAAUAGAAUGGGUGUAUUAAAAUGAACAUAAAAUAGGGAAAUGUAAUGAAUGAAAAUGCACAAGUAUGUAACUGUCAUUGGUUCCUCCUAUGGUAGGAUGCGAGUCUUUGUAUCACCAGAGGGCGCUAGACUUAGGUGUGUGUAUAGCUUUAAGAUGUGUUGAGGUGUAUAUAAAUGCAUGGUGCAACAUUAGAAGAAUACAGCUGCUCAAACAUCUUUUAAAAUGGAACAAAACGGAACAUUUCAUCCUUUCAUCCUUCAUAUCCUCACGGUCCAUCAGAAAGGGCCCCUUUACACCAAAUGAGAAAUGUGUUGCUUUUAACUUAUAUAAUAAGCCUACUUACUUGAGAAAAAAAAAUACUUAAAGAGUAAUAUCUUUUGGCAGCCCUAAUGAUUUUAUUUUUAUUUUAUAACCCAGUUUCUGUUUUAUAGAUUUAUCAAAGCAAAAUCAACAUUUAGUUUUUUUCCUUUUCUGGGAUUGAUUGCUCUAGAAUAUCUGCUCUAGAUGCUUUCUGAUGUUAUUUGGACAAGUGUGCUUGUUUUCUAAUGAAAGGGAGUGUAUAGUGACCAGGGGAAUUUGUUUCUCAGAUAAUUUUUAUUGCAAACUUAAAUAUUAUUAAUAUAUUAUGAGUAGCAUUGUAGCAAACACUAAUGAAGGGAAUACUCUUAAAUUGAGAUAUCCAUAAAGAAGACACUGAUCUGCUACGAAACUGACAUCAGAUGUUAUUAAGUCAGGGAAAUCACAUUGAAUAGUUAAGAUGUUUACUAAGAGACUUUUUUUUAACACAUUUUUUGUGUUUAUCAUUAGGUUUAGGUCAGAGUUGCUGUACACAAACCCAACAGACUAAGGAAAUUGUAAUCACUUAAAUGUUAGUUGUCUAAAGAUGUACCUCUACAUAGGACAAACAAGAUAAUUCGGUACAUUUUCCUGAUUCAGUGCAUUUCAUUUUUGAGAGCUCUUUGUUUUGAGAAUUGUUGAGAUUUAUUAGGAAGGGAAGACACUUGUGUUGAUUUAAUAGAAGCUGCCAGAUAUAUAUCCCAUAAUCUCUGUCAUUAGCAGGACAAAAAUACUAUAAAUUUAGUUCAUCUAGUUUGUGCCAAAAUGCAUAAAAUGCAUUGUUCCUUUAUUUUAUAGAUGAAACAGGCAUGAAAAUUCCUAUGACCUGCAUUCAGAAUCAAUUUUACACUUUAGUGCUCUCGUCUUUAUAGUAAUUUUAAAGUGCAAUACCAUUUUGUGAGACAUUAAGUGUAGUACUCUUGAACAGGAUGCUUUGCGUUUGCUGUUUUGCUUCAACUGGAUACCUUUCUUUAAAAAUGUCUUUAUAAAUUCAUCUCAGCUGUUUCAGUCAGUGGCCAAAUCACUAUCACUUCUGAUAAGCAGCAUUGAACACUCAUAGUAUGAAGGUCCUUGCAUUGAUUUGAAGAUCGCACUGUUCUCUAUAGUAUUUGUGUCUUCUUUUUGUCAUGCAACUGUUGUUUAUUUUGUGCAACUUUAAGAGCACCUUAUUGUCUUGCGUGUACAUCAUCACCCAGUUGCCAUUGCCAGCUGUAAUUAUAUGCCAUUGCACCAAGCACAUAACCUAGUAAGACUCCAGUUUUCAUCUUAUUUGGCAAUUUAAGAGAAUGUAUUAAGAGAGAUUACAAUAUAAUAGUAUAGAAAUGUAAUAUUUAGUUUUAUACACUACUGUUCAAAAGUUUGAGGUCAGUAGGAUUUUUUUUCAAUGGUUUCAUUUUUUCAGCAAGAAUGCAUUAAAUUGGCGGUAAAGACAUUUAUAAUGUAAAAAGAUUUCUGUUUCAAAUAAUUUUCUUUUAACCCCCAACAAGGUUAAAUAAAUAAAAUAAUAAUAAUAGCAAAAUUGUUUCCGCAGAAAAAUUCAACAGCACAACUAUGGAAGCAUUUUUUCUGCCACGAAAAAAAAAAUAAAUACGUUAAUUGCGAUAAUAAUUUUUAUCACACAAUUCAAACAGUUUUAUUGCAAUUCAGAUUUUUUUUCUUGCAAUUGAGAAUUAAUUUUUUCCCCCUCGCAAUUUUAACUUUUCUUUUCAAAAAAUUCAGAAUUGUGAGACGUAAACUCAGUGUUGCGAGAAAAAGUCUAAAUUGUGUAAUUAAAAGUCACAAUUACCUUUAUUAACUAUUUUUAUCCUGUUGUUGAAACAAGCUUCCACCUUUUUCAACAUUUGCAGCAUUUGAAUAAAUGACAUUUUAAAAUAUAUAUUCAAAUACAAAACAGCUCUUUUAAAUUGUAUGAAUAUUUCACAGUAUUCAUAUUUUUACUGUAUUUUACUGUAUAAAUGCAGUCUUGGUGAGCAUUAGAGACGACUUUUAAAAAAUCUUACCAACCCCAAACUUUUGAACAUGAUGUAUGAAUUGACAAGCUUUUUGUUUUGAAUAUUGUGGAUCAUUUUAAAACUCAUUUAGAACAGUGUGGUGACAUUAGCCAGUUACAUAUUUUCUUUUUACUGCUUCUCAUAUGGAUACAAAACACAACACCUCCCCAAGCCCAUAUCCCAAAUGCUUAUACAUUCAUUAUAGUAAUAUGCAGACAAAUAUUUCAUACUACACUGCCGUUUAAAGGUGCAUUCACUCAGUAUUUUUGUGUAUGUUGUGGUGUCAUCGACACCAGCAUGAGCAUUACACAAAUGCCAAUGCCGUUAUUAAUUUAUUCCACAAGGGAAAAUGUUCUCUUAUGGCCAUGUUUCAGUGGUAUAGCCCUUAGUAUAGCAAUAGUUAACCUACACAAUGCCUGUUCAGUAGACUUACCAUAGAUAUGUACAGUAGAUGGAGAAUUUGAAGGCAAAUUCUCUUAAGCCCGCCGUCUCUAAGCUGUCAUGCUACUUUACAGACCGACUGAUCUGUGUAAUGAUGAAUGAAGAUGUCUGUCUCUGCUUUGGUUAUUUGGUUCAAGAUAAACACUCUGUUGUGUAACCUCUAAUUCACUUUCUGUUAUUACACUGAAGUAGAGUAUGCCUUAAGUCAAGCUAUACAGUGGGUCAUGCUAUUUAUUGUCGGUGGUAUGCUUUUAAUUUAUUAUUAUACAGGAUUUUGUUCAACAUUUAGUUUUUUUGGUUUAUUUUCUUUCCUACAUUUUCCCCCCUUCUGUCGAUAAAUAUGAUUGUAAAGACAUGAACAGUUUCCAUGGCAGUAUUUAAUAAUGUUUGUUGUUCUGUGUAGUGAAUCAUAUCAGUAAAUACAUCUGAAAUUACAAUUGCAA